AUUACACGCUAUACCGCCAUCUUCUCGUGACUUUUUCAUGGAAGGUCUAGUCUACCUAUUGAGAAUCCGCGGUAACGGAAUGAAUUAAAGAUUUUCAUAAUUCUCACUUUCUUUUCUUAAAUAACCUACUGGUGUGUACUCAACCAGAAUUUUCCAACGUAACUGGUGAACACAUAGUAUGACAGAUUACGAUAGCAAUCCUUUUGCUGAUCCCGAGGCCGCCAAUCCUUUCCAGGACCCCUCGGUACAGCAAGCUACCAGCAACUCCUCCAGAGGACUGGAGGAGUUCAACCCUUUUGAGGAACGCAAUUCACAGACAACCACAGCCAAGAAGACAACACCCACUGUAGUCCCACCCACUAAGCCAGCCGUUAUGGAGCCAUCACCACCACCAUAUUCCCCUUCGGCCGCCCAACCAGCACCAACCCCAGGGCAAGAGGACCUUCUAAGGAGACAGGAAGAACUUGAGAGGAAAGCAGCUGAACUGCAGAGACGCGAACAGCAGAUGCGAAGUGCACAGUACAGUACUCGUGUUAACAACUGGCCACCCUUACCAAGCUUCUGCCCAAUGCAGCCAUGUUUCUAUCAAGAUUUCGCAGUUGACAUUCCCCUGGAGUUCCAACGUAUCGUCAAAAUUGGCUACUACAUUUGGAUAACUUAUGUGACUCUGCUGUUCUGCAACGUCAUAGUGUCAUUUAUGUUAUUGCUGUCUGGAACUGAAAGCACUGGAGGAGUAGUCUUCGGCUUAUCCAUUCUUUUUGUAAUCAUUUGGACACCGUGCUCAUUUGUAUGCUGGUAUCGGCCUGUUUAUAAGGCAUUCAGAAGUGACAGUUCCUUCAGUUUCUUUAUGUUCUUCUUUGUCUUUGGUGUACAAUUUCUGUGUACCGUUGUGCAAGCGAUAGGAAUCGACCAAUGGGGAUCAUGUGGUUGGAUUAAUGGCUUUACCACCAUCGGUGAAGCCGCAGGAGCGUUUCCUACUGCAGUUGGCGUCAUGAUGCUCAUCAUGGGACUGCUAUUCACACUACUUGCCAUAGGCAUGGCUGUUUAUCUCACAAGGGUACAUGGCUUGUACCGGAGCACAGGGGCCAGUUUCCAGAAAGCCCAGGAGGAGUUUGCGCGAGGAGUAGUGACCAACCCUGGUGUUCAGUCUGCAGCUAAGGAUGCCGGUAGAGCAGCAGCAACUGGUGCUGCUGAUGCCGCUGUGGGUGGUGUUAGUGCAUCCUUGAGUCCACAGAGCAUGAAUAAAAUGUAAAAUUAUCAUCAACAUAGCACCUGCAAGUUUAGCCCCCCUGCAAGUUUAGCCCCCCUGCAAGUUUAGCCCCCAUACAUGUAGGUGAGUGGCACCAAAAAGUGUCAUGUAGUACCUACUACUGUAGCGUCUGUAUGGCACCUUCAUGUUCAGGUGAGCGGCACAUACAGGUGAGUAGCACUUACAGGUGGAUGGCAACUACAGGUGAAGCACUUAAAGGUGCUAUACCUACAGGUGUAGAGCCUGUAGGUAUAGCACCUUCAGCUGGGUGUCACAUUUGUUGCAUCUGGAAGUGUAGUACCUAUUUGUGUACAACCUGUAUCACGAGGCAAGUACUGGUGUGGCAGCUAUUUGUGUAGCACCUAUUGUGUACAUGUAGCACCUAUGUCCUGGUGUAUCACCUGUACAUGUACUGGUGUGCUACCUACUGGUGUAGCACCUACAGGUGUGGUUCCUACUGAUCUAGCAUCUACAUGUACUAGUGUGGCACCUACUGGUGUGCUACCUACUGGUGUAGCACUUACAGGUGUGGUUCCUACUGGUGUAGCACCUACUGGGUUGCGUAUUGAACCUGCAAGUGUACCUUGGGUACUAUAUUUCUGUGUACAGAUCAUUUAAUGUAGCUUUGUGAUGGCUUAAUAUCUAAAUAGAUAAAUAUUUAAAAUCUGAACCGUGUAACACUUGGAAUUUACAAUUCAUUUAACAAAAUGUUUAAGCUGACUGUGGCAAGGGGUCAUUCUUGUCACGGCCGUGUUGAUAUUUUCAUGAAUUGUUUAUUCUGUGGAGUUUUGUCACAGUGCAGGGAUCUUGUGUUUUUGUUUUUUCCCCACUCAAAGUAAUGUACCCAUAUCAAGGCCGGAGUGGUAUAAUAGCCUGGUCCCAUUUUUUUGUUUUCUGAUAAGAUUUCGUAUUCAUCUUUGUAUCUGGACACAGGGAAACAGACACAGAUUGUGGUAGCACAAUACAGUUCAGUUAGCCUGUAUGCCUAAUAAUGUACUUGUGAACUCAUUUGUUACACUAAUCACAGAGUUGGUUUUGUUUUGUUAGCCCACUGGUGUUCUGGAGAAUUCGCAAGGCCAUAUUUGCUCUCCAUCAAUUAUAAAUUGUUUAAUUACCCUCGAAAGUUAAUACAAUGAAUGGAGACUUAGUGAGAGAUGCAGUUUCACAAAAUUGCUUUAAAAACAAAGCACAAAGCACAAACACUUAGCAGAAUACUGUUACCAGCCUUUGUACAAUCUGUGACUGGUGUACUAACUUUGUUUGCUUAGCAGAAGUUGUUAAAGCAAAAAUUUCUGCUUAAGCAGCUCUAUGAAACUGGUUUCUUGCUUCCAGGAUGGGUGCAAAUUGGGAAAUAUUUCAUGAAAUAUAGCCUUUGAAUAUUCAAUACUUAGUCAAGAAACUAAUUGAGGCAAGAUUUGUAAAUUGUAAGAUAGUAAAUGCAGUACUAGUGUAUAGAAAAAGAGUAUGGCUAUAGACGAGCAUGUCAUAGUCACACAGAAUGCAGUCUAGUGUCCUUAACGCCCGAUUGCAUCAUUUGUUAUUAUGUUUUUGCAGGUUUUUUUUUCGUUUUGUUUUGCAAGGAUCUCAAUGAACAGA